AUGUGGAGGGUCUCCAGGCCCCAGGCCGUCAAGGCAGGCUCCUGCGUCGACGCUACACUCUGCAAUAAAAGAGUUACUAUCACCGCAGUCGCAGUACCUGUCGUUUACUCCGCAUGGCGCACUUACGUUCCCGAAGAGAAAUCGCAGCUGCAGACGGCCUGGCGAUCGAACAAGGACGAGACCGAUACACCGCUCUGUUGGAAGUGCAAUCCCGACCCAACAGCUAAGAACGUAGCGACUUGCUGGUAUUUAAGUGCUGAACGUGCGGCCAUAACCGUGCGAGUACAGCUCGUUGCUCAAGGAGCUACUUGGCACACCCUCACACCUGCGAAAUUCAAGGACCGUUCAAUCCUGAACAGCGAGGCUGCAGCCUCGAGACUUUUCUGCCCGUUCCUGCCCAAGUGGGCGUUGUUCUCCACUCCACUAACCCUAAGCACCUCGCUGACACCUGCCAAUGCACUCGCACUGUCGCAGCGGGGCUUUCAGUUGAUGGAAGAUGCCCCAGGUCGGAUCGUCCGAUGCCCAGAAACUGGCGGUACCCGGCUGGAAAGGCUGGUAGUCGCAAGGAGACAUGCAAGCUUCGUCAUUGCCCCACUUCCGUUCGUAACGUCACCCUCUCGAGCAUACAUACAUAUUCCGUGCCACGUCCGCACAUACAGCAUUCAUGCGCCAUUACCUGAUCUGCAGCGCACCAUGGACGAGGCCGCAAUCCAGCGCAAGCGAAGAUAUUUUGCCGUGUGCUGUACUGUGCCGGUAUCAGAUGAGGUUCUUAGCAACUUCUUAGAUCGGGCCUACAACGAGGAGGGGGGCGGCGACCCUCUUCUCGUCAUCGUCGAGCAUCUGGACUUGAAGUACGAGGACCCCACUGAGCCUCCCUGUCAUGUCUCCUCCUUCCCUUUCGAGCAAAAGACUCCCGCACAAUGUCGCGAUCUCCUCCGACAGCACGUUCAGGAACAGGAUUCGGACAUCGAGCCAGAUCUGUUUGUCAUGAUCGAUCAGAGGACGCUUGAGGACUCCACUGUCCUGGUGCUGGACGGCGACUCUGACGGAGACUCUCAGCUGCGUUCACUUCGCGUGUACAUGCAAUUCGCGACCCUGUUCCUCGCAAGCGCUGACGUGGGCAACACUACGGUGGAGGAGUCUAAUGAAGACGUUUGUGAUUGUGGCAAUGGAGUCUGGCCCCGCCCAUUGCAGUGA